AGGUUUUUGUCAAGUACACCAAAGCCUUCGGGUUACUGUCAUCAGCACCUCUGCCGACAAAAAACAAGAGGCCAUAGAACGUUUUGGUGUUGAUUCCUUCUUGAUCAGUUGUGACCCUGAACAAAUGCAGAAAAAAGGCUACAAAGAGCACACUUGAUGGGAUAAUAGACACAGUUUCUGUAGUUCAUCCUCUUAUGCCACUACUAAGCUUAUUGAAGACCAAUGAUUCAGUUUGGAGGCUCAUGGGCAAAGGAGGGAAUAGAGCCUCAUUUAUCUCUUUCCAGAAUUGGUUCCAAUAUCGGUGCCAGAAUGACACUUUGAUGGAGCUACGUACCAUUGCUUGGACUUGUUGGGCAAUUUGGAAAGCGCGAAACAUAGCCACUUGGGAUCAUAAAACAUUGCUUCCAGGAGAGCUUAAAAAAUUGGUGCUGUCCAUGGAAGCUCAAUGGUCGAACAAGGCUGAUGCGGAGCAGGAACAUACUUCACAGCGCCACGAUGCUACUUUCCGGGCAGAGGCACACAGGUGUUUUUUUGAUGCUGCAACAUUAGAUUUGGAGGAUUCCAUCUCUUUCGGUUGUGUCCUUUUUGAUCCAGGGGGCGUAUAUGUGGCAGCGGCAAAUGGAAGAAAACUUGGGCCUCUAGAUCCUCUUUUGGCGGAAGCUCUUGCUUGCAAAGAAACAUUGGCUUGGUUGAUAACUCGAGGAAUCGUAAUUGUAUUGCUCAUACCCUUGCAAGAUGUGCCACGUCCCAUAUGGUCUCAUGGAGCCGUACACCACCAAGUUGUAUUGCACAUUUGAUUUCGUAUGAAUAAAGGUUUUCUUGCCAU